UUCGAAGCAGAUCUGGACCGGUGCACCAUGUGGCUUAUUUUUUUUUUAUUUUGCUACUACGCCCUUGAGUUGGGACUGUUAAGUAUUUAGGGCAGGAUAUUGCUGACACGCUUCGAUUCCCUCUUAUUCCCCAUCCCCUCCCUGUUCCUCCUCCCACUCCAUCCUAUCUCUCUCUCUCUCUCUCUCCCACCCCACACCAUCUCUCUCAACUCUCUUUUACAAUGCCCUCUCUUGCAUAUUACAAGAAGCGAACAAAAACAACAUACAACUGACUGCAGGACCACGGUCUCUUUAACUUGAUGCAAGUGUACGGCGUGUGUCCGUUGUAAAGUAAAACCCAUUCUUUCUCGAAGACACCAAUAGCACGAUAGUGUCUUCCCAUCAUUACUUUGCGACCUCAUUUGCAUAUUGUUGUUGUUGUUUUAAAACCACUAAUCAGUAUGCGAUCAGCACUAACCUAUACAUAAAAGAUGGUAGUUGCGAGACGGUGGAUUCAGUGCAAACCUUUCCAAGGGGCAGCAACCCUAGAGUGUUUUCAACUUAUAGAGGAAGAGUUACCAGGACUAAAAAACGAUGAAAUCCUAAUCGAGGCUCUAUAUUUGUCUGUGGAUCCUUACAUGAGAGUCUAUCCCAUCCAAGUGGACAAAACACCUAUUGCUUUACAGGUAGCCAGAGUAAAAGAGAGCAAGAAUGCUGCUUACCCUGUGGGCAAACUGGUGCUGGCCAUGGUCGGAUGGAGGGAUAAAACAGUGCUGCACCCUGAUCAGUUCAACCCUUAUUACGUUCCAAGAUUCGCCCCUGAAAAAACAAUUUCAGAGCUGCCCGACCUAGGUGACUUUCCUUCUUCCCUCUAUUUGGGAAUUCUGGGUAUGCCAGGCUUAAGCGGCUACUUUGGCCUCCUGAGACAAUGCAGACCGAAGAAAGGCGAUGUCGUGUUAAUUAGUUCAGCUGCUAGUGCAGUGGGCAGUGUUGCUGGACAAAUCGCCAAGUUGAAGGGAUGUACAGUAAUCGGCUCAGCAGGAAGUCAAAAGAAAAUUGAUUGGUUGAAAUCUCUUGGAUUCGAUUACGUAUUCAAUUACAAAGAGACGACAUUGGACGAGGCACUCCAGACAUUCGCUCCGGAUGGCAUUGACUGUUAUUUUGAUAAUGUAGGUGGAAGUUACAGCCAAACAGCUCUCAAUGCAUUGAAGCCUCGAGGUCGCAUGUGUUGCUGUGGAUACAUCUCUGCAUAUGAUACUCUCAACCAUCAGCUCGAUUCAAUGAAAGAUGAUCUUCUCCUGAAGAUCAUGGUGAACGAGCUGUCUGUUAGUGGAUUGAUGGUGUUAUCUUUUGAGGACGAGUUUCAAGAGGCUCUCUCGGAAAUGGCUCAGUGGAUUAAAGAGAACAAAUUAAAGUACAAAGAAACUAUAUUUGAAGGCUUCACUAAAAUGCCCGAAGCAUUGCUGGAAAUAUUUCAGGGAACAGCUGUUGGAAAACUGAUUGUUAAGGCAUAGCCUCUAUCUGAAACAAUUUAAGAGAGUUUUGUCACUCUUCCAAAAAAACAUUUUAUAUUAUUUCCAAGUUGACGUCAUCAAAGUUGAGCUUUCCUACAACACACACACACACAUAUCUCUUUUCAUUUUUGUCUAAAAUGUUUACUUUUUUCUGUAUAUUACCGAUUCUGACGUGUGUCUGUGCGUGUGUGUGUUUCUGUUGUACAUGUAAGAAGAGUGUGUUUUGUGAUUACUAAAGAGCCUGACUUUUAUUUAAAACAUUGAUUUUGAAGGUUUGCUUAAAGAGUUUUGGGUGCAGCACUCCGUUUAAAGAAAACGGAAGCAUAAAAAAACAUUUAUUUUUAAAAUCAUGUAAUUAUCAAAUGUUUAAACAAAGAGCAGAUAAGCGUGAAUACAAUUUAGAAUGCAAAUCUCCAAUGCAUAAUCAAAUGCUUUAAAGUGUGACACUUUUUGAGUGCCUGUUUAUAUUGAUAAAGUUUUUUUGUGUGUUAUUUAUGUAAUAGGUUUAACAUUCCAAAGAGAGAUGCUAACAUCUGCUCUUACCGUCCGAAAUUGUCUAGUACAGUUGUACGUCGCAAUUGGAACUCUAGUGCCAGCAAAAGCGAACAAAAUUUUCCUUUAACCGGCCUGAAGUGGCGGCGAGUUCCUCCUUCCCGCCAUCCUGUCUGGCAUGGGGGGGGGGUGAUUUUGUGUUCACUUCCAGUGGACACAGACUCGCGGACUAGAGACGCUGCCAAAUGCCGCACCAAUGGGACCCCACACCAUUUUCCUUUAAUAUACUAGGCUAACCGUGCGGGACACGCCAUUUAUGUAACGGUCCCUUGCCAGAUCGUUGCUGGAGCUUUUUUUCAUCCCAGCACAGUGCAAUAAGAAUACUCUCGUACCCUCUUAGGCACUCCCGGCGGGAACCUUGUUGUGCUACCCUUUUGGCCUAGUCGUCCCCUCUCACGACCGUUUCCACCCGGGCGCCACGAUGAGGCAGGGCAACAAGCUCGGGUCUGCUCUCACCAGUAUUUACCAUAGAUCUAAUCCAGGGCCAUAUUUAAGACAGUUUACAAAUUGCAAGUUUUUAAGGGGUCUUUAAAAAAAAUGUAAAAAUGCUGUUUUUUUUUUUUAAUGCUCUCACUAAUUCUAAAAAAAAAAUAUAGAUUGAUUGUAUUAAUUCUCUUAACUCUAAUGAGUCAGUAAAUAGCUUUCUUUAAGAUAAACUUUAUUUUUAUUAACGUCUUUAAAAGCGAGAAAGGGCCUACACAAAAGUACUACCCAGGUCUCCACUUACUUAAAUCCGGCACUAAUCUAAUCAACUUGUUGAUUUAUAAAAUUAUUUUUUUUUUUUUUUUGUCCAGAAUACUUUUAAACAUCUGACCCAGUUGGUUAUUUCUGAAAGCACACUUUAGUUGACAGAACUUUUCUACUUCUUCUGAACAUAAAUUAUAAAGUUGUAGCUUCUGUAAGCUAAGUUAAAAGUU